GCCGCCAGGACGCCGGCGACACGGGAGCGCAGCGAGCCCAAUAGAAGCCCACCUCCUAACCCUAGCAGCCAUCGGUCUUUCUCAGCUCGCUCCAUUGCAUAGGACAUGGGAUUGGAUCGAGCGACCGCGUGACGGCGCCGCCGCCGCCUGGAAUCACCUUGCCGCCUCCUGUAGACUGUAGCCGCCUGCCGCCAGCACGAUAAUCGUGUGGUCUCUUAGGCGAUUAUUAGAAGAAGGGACUGGCAAAAUUGAUCCAUAGAAAAGUCUGUCUUUGAACAAUGAACCGAAAAUUCCUGUACAUGACGGCCAUGAACGUCAAAAGGAGUUCAUACACUCUGCACCGCAUCAAGGCGUCACAAUUGUUUUACCCCAAGGGUGCACCUGACUCCGCGACUGCAGCGGUGGAGGACCGUUCUGUGCCGCCACCAACAAUGGCUUUCCACUCUCCUUGGUCCGAGCAUAGAUGGGAGAUAAUGGAGUUCAUGCUCUUCGGCAGCAGCAGGAACAAGAUCGUCUGCACAGACGAGAGAGGUCGAGCCGUCUUAUAUGAUGACGGCCUGCAAGCUGUCCGCAUGUUGCCAAGCCUCAAAAAGGCCAAGUGGAAAUCAGUGCCCCUCGCCGUUGGUGACAACCUGUUGGUCAUGGAGGCGAUCCCUAAGAACGAUCAAAAGAUGGAACAUCAAUCUUUCGAGGCGCUUAUGUAUGGCGAAAGGCCUAAAAUGUUCAAGGGGGUGGACUUUUUCUGGCACUCCAUCCCACCGCCGCCUUAUGUCUAUGCCCCUGGCUAUGGUGUCGACCGUUCUGGUGUGAUCACCGCGUGCACUGUGGUCAAUGGCUCAAGCAUCUUGAUAUCCACAGAGAGCCUCGGCACCUACUGCUUGGACACGGUGAGCGGUAAGUGGAGCAAGACUGGUGCCUGGCCGCUGCCGUUUAAAGGACUUGCAGAAUAUGUUCCGGAGUACGAUCUCUGGUUUGGUGUCUCGGCAAAGGGUGGUGGCGUCCUCUGCGCAUCAGACCUGGGUGCUGCCUCGGCAAAGCAGACGCCGCCGGUGGUACUCCAAGAGUGGGAGGGAUUUGCUGCCCCUGAGGGUACCGAGCUAGGAUCGCACCUCCUGCACCUAGGUGCCGUGCGUUUCUGUGUUGCCAAGUUGAUCAUGACAACAAGGCCGCAAGAGACGUGCUGCCAGAUGUGCUGUUUCCAUGACACUACUGCCAUUGUCGACAAGUUAGUGAUGUUUACUGGCGUGGAGAUUCAGCGAUGUGGCAGAGGGCUUAAGGUGAUCAAGCACAGAUCGUUUCGUUAUAGUAUGGGCGCAUGCAGCAUGGCCAAGAUACUUUAUUAGUCAAGUCGGGCUGUUUAAUUUCCCCUCACAGCAUGUUCCUAGUUAAUAAGAGGGCUCUUCUUUUAGAUGCAAUAAAUAAUAGGGUUCUAGUACAGGAAUAACCGGAUAUGCACAUCUCCUUUGAAAGCAAUAAUUUUUUACGUCA